AUGGCACCAUCAAGAGCAGUCGUCCGCAACGCCACCAUCACCUUCGCCGCCCUCAGAACCUCUUCCCGCACAUCGACCUCACUAGUAACGCGACAAUUGCACCAUCUCUCCAUCGCUCGCCCGAUCGCAAACACACGCACAACACUAUCCACCCUCUACACAAGACGUUUCAAUUCCUCAGAAGCAGCCUCUGCAGCAGCAGCGCCAGAGUCAGCCGCAGUGGAAGCACCAGACUACCUCGACGAAAAAGAACUGCACAUUUUCCAAAAACUGAAUACGGAAUUGGAGCCGACGAAACUGGAGGUCCAAGAUGUCAGUGGCGGUUGCGGCAGUAUGUACGCUUUGGAUAUUGUGAGCUCGAAAUUCAAGGGCUUGUCCGUCAUCAAACAACAUAGACUCGUCAAUGCUGUGCUGAAGGAUGAGAUCAAAGGGUGGCACGGUGUGCAGUUGAAGACGAAAGCUCCUUGA